GAAACUAUAUUCUAUAAAUAAAAAUGCAUUUAAUUUUUUUUAUAAAAUAGAUUAUAUAUGAUCAUACAUGUAAGAAAAAUAAAUAUAACAUUAAUGGAUGAGUGAAAUGUAUGAAACAUUAGCUAAUAUCAAUAAUCAUCGAUGAUUAAACAUAAAAAAACCCCAAUGGAAAAUAUAAAAUAUAUUUCCAUAAAAGGGGUGAACUUAUAUAUGUUUUAAAAACUGUCAUUAGAUCCUAUCAUUUGUUUCUUAUUUGUUCUAAAAUUAUAUCUUUUUAGAAUAUCAUAAUUUAAAAAAAAAUGGAAGAUUUGAUAUUGGAUUUUGAUCAAAGCUGUUUGUAACAAAAAGUUUUAUAGGAUGAUGAGGUUGAAUUUCAAAACAGUAUUACUUGUAAUAGUAGUUGCAGUGUUAAGUUCAAUAUUAACAUCUUGGAACAAUUGUGGUAGUCCAUCAUUUUUUAAAAAUACUGAUUGGAAAUCAAAAUUUCAACAUAAAGAUCGAUUAAACUUAGAAACUGGAUAUCAAGAAAUAGAUUGUCACAUAAAUGGUGAUUAUUCUAUUGGAUGUCGUAAAGAAGGAGAUGAAGUUUAUAUACCAUUCUCAUUUAUUCAUAAAUAUUUUGAGAUUUAUGGAAAGUUAGCUACUUAUGAUGGUUUAGAAAGAUUUGAAUGGCUGCAUAGUUAUUCUAAGAUUGUUAAUCCUAAAGGAAAAUAUGAUCCUAGAGGAGUGUUUAUGACCUUUGAGAAUUAUAAUGUUGAAGUUCGAGAACGUGUCAAAUGCAUCAGUGGAAAUGAUGGAGUACCAAUAUCUACUCAAUGGGAGAGUCAAGGAUAUUAUUAUCCUACUCAAAUUGCUCAAUUUGGAUUAUCACAUUAUAGUAAAAAUUUAACAGAACCAGAACCUCACAGAAAGAUAAUUGAAGAUUCAGAUAAAGUUAAAAGAGAAUGGAUUAUACCUCAAGGAUCUAUUGCAUCUAGAAUAUUUGAUAAAUAUGUUAAUAGUUAUGUAAUGAAAUUUGCAACACCAGAAACUAGUACUUCUGGUAUUACUUUAAAAUUAGAUCAUGUGCUAGAUUUUGUAUUAAAAUGGGAUUUUAAUAUUAAAGACAAUGGAAGUAUCAUGAUUACAUUGCAAUCUAGAGAAAGAAAAGAAAUAUAUUAUCUUCAUUAUAUUACUAGUAAUAUAGUGUUACAUACUUAUAACAAUCAUGUGUAUUAUGGAAUUGGUCAAAUUAAUCAUCAGUGGAGAAGAUUCACUAGAGACUUAGUUAUAGAUUUACAAAAAGGUUUAUAUUUAAAUGAUAAAAAUAAAAAGAAAAUGUCUCGUUCAAAAUUGAAGAUUGUGAAAAUAACAUUAUAUGGAUCAGGAAUGAUUGAUAAUGUAACAUUAUCUACAAGUGAACAUAUGGAACAAUUUUAUGAUGCAGCUAGAUGGUUUGUUAGUAAUCAAAAUAUUACUUCUGGUGGUUGGGCAAAUCCUGUACGAAGAAAAGUAGCUACUGGAAUGGCUACUCUUGAACCUGGAUGGUAUUCUAGUAUGGGUCAAGGCCAUGCAAUUUCUGUAUUAGCAAGAGCAUAUUAUCAUUCUGGUGAAGAAAAAUAUUUACAAGCUGCUGUUAGAGGUCUUCAACCUUUUAAAUUAUCAUCUAAUAAAGGAGGAGUAGCUGCAAUAUUUUUAAAUAAAUAUGUGUGGUAUGAAGAAUAUCCUACAACACCUUCUUCAUUUAUACUUAAUGGAUUUAUUUAUUCUUUAAUUGGUUUAUAUGAUUUAAAAAGCAUAGCGGCAGGUAAAGAUGCGGAAGAAGCAUCCCGCCUUUUUAAUCAGGGUAUGACAUCCCUGAAAAACAUGUUAACAUUAUAUGAUACAGGUUCUGGUACUACAUAUGAUUUACGUCAUUUUACAUUAAAAACUGCUCCAAAUUUAGCUAGAUGGGAUUAUCAUUCUACUCAUAUUAAUCAACUUCUUCUUUUAAAUUCAAUUGACAAUGAUUCAAUUUUUACUACUACAGCAGAACGUUGGAUAGGUUACAUGAAUGGUAAGAGAGCUGCACAUAAUUGAUUUUUUUUAUGAUUGAUUGAUUUUUGUAUUUUUCUGUUUUUUUAUUUAUUAAUAUUUAAUAUCUUAUUUUUUCAUUUUGUAUUAUAUAUUU